CUAUGCAUCCAACAUCUAGCUGGACACUCCCUUAGUGUCGAUGAUUUACACAGGUGGCUUCAGGUUAUAAAAACAGCGAUUACAACAGCGUGGUCAAGCCCGUUGAUGCUUGCUUUGGAGAAGACAAUGAGUGGAAAGGAAUCAAGGGGACCUGCUUGUACUUUUGAAUUUGAUGGUGAAAGCUCUGGCUUACUUGGUCCCGGAGAAAGUCGUUGGCCCUUUACCAAUGGCUACGCAUUUGCAACAUGGAUCUAUAUUGAAUCAUUUGCUGACACAUUAAAUGCUGCAACUGCGGCAGCUGCAAUUGCUGCUGCCGCAGCAGCCAAGUCAGGGAAAACAUCCGCCAUGUCAGCUGCAGCGGCUGCGAGUGCCCUCGCUGGUGAGGGUACUGCUCAUAUGCCACGUUUGUUCAGCUUUUUGUCCGCUGAUAAUCAGGGAAUA